CCCUUUCAUGUUAGCGACUUACACCCAUAUACGCACCUGCUUUAUCGCUUAUAUCUGCUCAGUGAGGUGUGAAAUAAUGGCAGAUGUAAUCAAUAUUUACUAUGCAACAUGCGCGUUUUCUCGUGUCAAAAGCUAGUUCAUAAUAUUUGUGACACAUUUACAACGCGGAUUAGUGUUUUGGGACUUACUGGAGAUUUGGAUUAUCGUCUAAAAAAUUUACGUCGUAACACUGAGAGACCCGGGUUUGCACUAUUCACAUAUAGUCCAUGACUGCAAUAACAGUGAUGUAGAGGCAUAAAUGCAUUUCAAGCCAGAUCUGCGUCAAUGUACGUGAGAUUAUUAGGGGACACGAUUAAACAGGGGCGCUAACCGUAUUUUGAACAAGAAAUAAACAACCAUGACACAAGUAUCAACUCAGCCCCAGAAAAUGGAUGUGAGCUCGGGGUUCGGGCACACUCAAGGUAUCCAGUGUUUGGCGAGGCUGGACGAGGUCAUUAUUACACAGAAGAUCAAGACUGUCGAAUUACUGACAGGGUUUGAAGUCAGAAACAGAUUUGUUAUACUUGAUAAUCGGGAUCAACAACUAUUCCGUGUAGAAGAAGAGUCGGAUGCAUGCAUGCGUGCUUGUUGUCCGAUUAGCCGAGGAUUAACACUCCAUAUCACUGAUAACAACGCACAGGAAGUGAUGCAAAUUAGUAGAGAGUAUAAAUGCUGCGUAGGCUGCUGUUGCUUCGCUGGCGGAUGUUGUAUGAUGACACUGCUUGUGGACUCCCCUAUUGGCAGGCGUUUGGGCACUGUCAGCUCCGCAACUGCAGCAUGCAAUGCCCAUAUGAAAGUGUUUGACGCCUCUGGUAAUCAGUUGUAUAAACUAUGGGGCUCAAUGUGUCCCUGUCAGUGUUGCUGCGCCGGAUGCAUGGAGGAUAUUGAUUAUCCUGUAACGGACCCAUCGUUAAAAACUUGUGUGGGAAAUGUUGCCAAGCAGUGGGUGGAUAUCAAAACUACAAAGUACUGCGUGUCCUUUCCUGCAAAUAUGUCAAUAGAACACAAGGCAUUGUUGAUAGGAGCAACGUUCCUAACGGAACUCUACGUAAUGGAACAACUGAAACAACAACAAGGCGCUCAGUAAGAACAACAAGUGGGCGUGUUUUCAGUGGAUUUUAAUACAUAUCUUUCGCCAGAGAUUAUUGUAAUAGGCCUGAAGUAGAAACUUUAAUGUCUUGUUAAUUUAUAUUAAUACUCAUAUUCAUUUGUUUUACUCAGAUCUUGCAUAUUCGAUAUUUGUAUCGAAUAUCUGAGUUUUAAUGUUAAUAUCUUUUACAAAGGUUAUACUCAUUGUAAGAAUGUACAAAUCAUAUAACAAUAUACAUAAUAUGCACUGACUAUAGAAAUGUGUACAAGUUCAUUAUUAAUGUAUUUUGUGACAAAGUUUUGCAAGGCACCAACGAUGAUUGCGUUCCAGUACUUGGAAUGACGUUGGUCCAUCCGGUCAAGAAAAAAAUGAAUUACAUACUUACAGACUUUUCAAACAAUAUGUAAUCUUCAUAAUAUCAGCUGGAAUCAUCUGUCAAACAAGUAAAUUUCGAACUGGGGUUCCCGUUGGAAAGCCAUUCCAGAAAAUCAGCGUAUUUGUCCGACAUAUGAUAUAUCCUUAGGACGGCUUGCACAUAUUUAUGCAAUCUCGCCAGGCAUAUGUAUGUUUUUGACAACACAGUAAAUGACGUCACUCGACCUUCAGCUAUUUCCGGAAGUAAAUGAAAUGAAAGUAGAAAUGUUAAACUUGAAAACGAAAGCUGCAUUUUGAUUCGUAGAUAGUCAGGGGUCACGCGCAGGGGUCACUCCGUCUAAAUGUAUGCGCGUGGACUUCUUUUUUUUUUUUUCUUUUUUUUUCUUUUUUGCUAUUGGGGAGCCAAUUUUCAGCACUUUAUCACGAAUUGAAAUUACCUGGGCUUUAGUACAGCAUGUCAGCUUUUAAUCUAUGAAAAAAUAUUUGAGCUCUUGAUAAACACAAAUCCCACAGGGGUCCGUAACGGACCAAGGGUACAUUGAUGAUUUUGGAACUUCAUCAAAUCGCUCAAAAUGUCAUUUUUGAUGUUGUCUGAGAGUGUAAGUAUAUGCCUCAGGUGUAAGAUAUAACCGUAUUUGAGAGCUGCAGACCUAGACAUUUCAGAAAUAUUUUCAAAAUAAGUUUCGUGUAAUAAAUGUUGUUUCUACGGAAGCGUGAAAGGGCCAUCAGACGCUAAUACGUUUUAGUACGUUAAGCAUGUGGAAAGGAUAUAUCAGUUGAAAAUGAAAUAAGUGUUUUGUUUGAAUGCAGUGCUUAUCAAUAUUUGAGAGAUAAUCAAAAUACUAAAGCUUAUAUUAAUAAUGAUUAUGUCAGUUUCAAGAAGCGGAAAGAAUUGGAUUUUGUGCUCUCCAUCAAUUUUAAUGUUGCUGCUUAAAUCUGCUGUAUGAUUUUAAAAACUAGGAAUAAUCUGCUGUACAAAUAAAUUGGUAUUUCUGUAGUUUUAACAUGAUUGAAGAAUUGUCAUUGUUGAAAUCACGAUGUGAUAUGUAACAAUGUUUUGUUUUGGAUCUUAGAAGGUUCGCUAAUUUGCAAAUACUUCUGUUCAUAAAUGUUGCUUAUUUCAUAAUGAAUAAAUGGUUAUCUAUGCAGUACAUGUACAUGUACUAUGUUUUAGCAAGUACAAGUUCUUCAAUCGUUCUUAAACAGAUCACUACCAGCUUGUGAGGCUUUUUAUCUUACAGAUUUAAUGUGUUAGCUCUAUAUAUGAUCUAUUAAAUCCAAUUUAGAAACAUUGUUUAUUCCCCAGUAGCACCCAUAUAUGUCUAUCUAUAAGUCAGUUUAUUAUCAGUACUUUAAGGUGUGUGAUUCAACAAUUUUCAGUCAUAUAAACCAGUGAGCAGUGACACCGGGCUGACCAGUCCUUGCACUAUCCACUUAAUGCUGAGCGCCAAGCGAUGAAGUUUGACGCGGCAAGGGAGAGAACCCACGACCUCACGUACUCUAAGCGGACUUUCUAUCACUAGGCUACCAAAACAGUAAAACAAUGAGUGAUUAGCAGUGUUGGUUUAGUUUUAAAACACUUGUUUUAUGUUGUUCUAUGUAUUUGAUUCAGUUGUGUGAUAGUCAUGUUGUCUCUUAUCACUCUUCAGAGUUUGGCAAUGUACUUUUGUAUAUAUUGUUAUAUGUUGUUUAAAUUACAUUGAAUGAAUUUUGCAAGAGAUCUCAUUUUACAGUUUCUCCUAACAUUUCCUUGCAUAGUAUGUAAAGAAAUUGAGAACAUAGUGACCGGGCUACUAAAGCCAAGGACAUGAUGGAUAGGUUAAAAUUAAUAAUAGUAAAUAAAAGUUAAAAACGAUGUAAUUCAAUACGUUUCAGACAUUUUUAUACCAAAAUAAUUAUAUGGUCGGGCAGAUAUAUAAUAACGCUCUGCUGCAUGUUUUGGCACACACUAAAAUUGAUGAAGCAAAAUAAAGGAUAUUUAGAGGUAUUUUAUGUUAUAACCAGACCAAGAUCCAGAAAUGUAUGGAAGGGUGGCCUCUGGGUCUGAAAUUUGGAUGCAACUUUAAUAAGUAUAGGCAACUUCUCAGCCGGCUGGGUAGGGGUGGGGCACGAGCCCCCUGGAUCCGGGCCUGAUAACAAUGAAAUAUCAUGUUUUAAUAUGAAAUUAUUUAUUUAUGACUCCGAUCUUUUUAUAGCAGAUGCUAAUUUUACAAAAAGUGAUGUUUUGAUGAAUAUCUGCAGGGAUGACAAACUGUUGCGGGAUAACUAGGCUUCAAAGUAUCAUGGUUUUAAAUCCUCAAAAAUCUUUUAAUUCCUAAUUUGGUAUGUUUUAAUAGUUUUACAUACAUUGAGCAAGUGCACAAAUUCUAUGUGGCUGUUAUGUUUAACCUAUU